AUGGUUUUUAUGAAGCCUGAAAGUGCUCUAAAACGAGCAGAUGAAUUAAUCGAAGUAGGUAGAAAACAGCGUGCUUUAGAAACACUUCUUGAAGUUAUUAAAUCACGACGUCAUCGAACAUGGACAAUAACACAUGAACCAUUAAUGGAGAAACUUUUAGAAUUAUGUGUUGAUCUAAAAAAAAAUCAAAUUGCAAAAGAUGGUCUUCAUCAGUAUAAAACAAUAGCGCAAACAGUGUCUGCUAAAUCACUGGAACUCGUCAUUAUGAAAUUUCUCAAUCAAGGAGAGCUACGUUGUACAAAUGCUCGUAAAGAAGCAACCAAUGCUCUCGUUGAUAUUGAUGAUUUGGAAGUUCUUCAAUCACCUGAAAGUCUUUUAUUAAGUGCUGUCAGUGGUGAAUCCCAACAAGAUCGUACAGAUCGUGAUAUGCUUGCACCAUGGUUAAAAUUUGUUUGGGAAUCAUAUAAACAAUGUCUUGAUUUAUUGAAAAAUAAUAAUCGUGUCGAAAAAAUUUAUCAAGAAGUUGCGCAAAUGGGUUUUCGCUUUUGUCAACAAUAUAAUAGACGACCUGAAUUUCGAAAAUUAUGCGAUACCAUUCGAACGCAUUUUACACAAUCACAAAAAUAUUCAAAACAAGCAUUUAGUGUUGACUUCACAGAACCUACAACACAAGCUCUUCAUUUGGAAACACGUCUAAUGCAACUUGAUACCGCUAUUGCUAUGGAAUUAUGGCAGGAAGCAUUCAAAGCAGUUGAAGAUAUUCAUGAAUUCACAACGAUUUCAAAGAAAACACCAAAACCACCACAAUUAGCUGCAUAUUAUAGUAAAGUAGCAUUAGUGUUUUUGAAAGCAGGCAACUAUGUCUUUCAUGCAACAACUGUUCUUAAAUUGUAUGUUUUACACAAAGAAUUGAAAAAAAAUAUAACACAUACUGAAUUAACACGUCUAUCAACCAAAGCUUUAUUAGCUAUACUUUCAAUACCAUUACCGACACCGCGUACACAAAUCGAUGAACAUUUAGAAACCGAAGAAACAUUAAAUCAAAGACAAAAACGUUUAACAGGUUUAUUAGCAUUACAAGAAGUCCCAACACGAGCAACUCUGGUACGUGAUAUGAUAAAACAAGGUGUUUUAAAUUUUGUUCAUCCUGAACUUAAAAAUAUGUAUGAAUGGUUAGAAGUGGAAUUUCAUCCAUUACGUAUAUCUUCAAAAAUGGAAGAAGGAAUUCAAUUUGUUGAAAAUCUUGCUCAACCAGAAUACUCACAAUAUAUGCCAGCAUUACGUGAUGUUACUGUUGUACGUUUACUUCAACAAGUAUCACAAGUAUACCAAACUAUUGAAUUAAAACGUUUUAUUAGUCUUGCACCACCUAUGGAUCGUCAUCGUUUAGAAAAAAUUAUUGUUAAUGCUGCAAGAAAUAAUGAUGUUCAAGUACACAUUGAACAUAAAUUACAAGCAUUAACAUUUGGUACUGAUCUAAAUAUGUCAAUAGGAAAAUCGUCUGGAGUUGAUUCUGGUUCAAAAGCAAAUAUUAUUCAAAAAAUGCCUAAUGAACAAAUUCGUCAUCAACUUACAGCAAUAUCACGUGCAUUAUAUUCAUGUAUCGAAAUCAUCAAUGAAAAAUCCAAUAAAGAACGUAAUGAUAAAUUAAGACGACAAAUAGCACAAACAUAUCAUCAUGAUGAAGCAAUAGAACGAAAAGAAGUAUUAAAACGACGUGAACUCAUUGAACGUUAUAAAGAAGAGAAAGAAAAAAAAUACCAAGAGAAAGUAAGAGAAAUCGAAAUUGAUACAGCCAAAAAACGAGUUGAACGUGAUGAAGAAGAUAAAAAUCGCCGUGAAGCUGAUCUUCAACGUCGUCUUGUUGAAGCAGCAGUAGAAAAGGAAAAAGAAGAACAUCGUUUUGCAAUGAAAAUGGCUAUUGAUAAAUUACGUGAAUCAGAAAUAGGUAGAAAAAUAAUUGAAGUUAUUGGUGAAGAAGAACUAUAUAAAUAUGAUCCAAAUUCAAUUAAUUCCUUACAUAUCGAUGCUGUAAUAAAACAUAGUCGAGAACAGAAAGAAAAAUUAAAAAUUCAAUAUAAGCGAGUUGAUUUUAUCGUUCGAGCACAGCAUGAAAGUGAAGUACUGUUAUUACAAAAACAAGCUGAAGACGAAAUGAAUCUUCGACGUGAAACUCAACUUGCUGAACAUCAGCGUACACUUGAAAAACGUGAACGUCUUACACGAAUGGUAAACGAUAAAAAUGCUUUUCUUCGAUCAAUUGUUGGACAACGUCAUCAGGAAUAUUUACAAGAAAUGGAAGAAUUUAAUCAACGUUUACAAGUUGCCCGUGAACAACGUUUAGAACAGUUACGUCAAGAAUAUGUUGCAAAGAGAAAAGAAGAUUUCAAACGAGACAAAAAAUUAGAAAAACUACGCAAACAACAAGAAAAACAGCAAAAAAUUGAAGCAGAAAGCAGACGCCAAGUAGAGGAAAGUUUAGCAAUAAAACGUUCUAUUGAUGAAGAAAAAAAUAAAAAAUUUGCUGAACAAGCUAGAAAACAACGCGAACGUGAAGAGGAAAUAGAACGAAGGCUACUAGCUGACAAAGUAAGUUCACAUGUUGAUGCUUCACCUGUAGGUGGUCGACGAGUUGCUCCUGCCACUGGCACUCAUCAACAGGAUAAAAAUAGACCUGAUAGUGGGAUGUGGCGUCGCAAUGCACAUGGCAACGAAGAAAAGUCACCGGUACAGACUGAUACCAAAGAUAGUGGACAUACACGAAACGAAGAACAGCGUCUACGAAUUGGUGGUGAACGACGUUUCGAUGAUUCAUCAAGUAAUAAAGGUUCAUCCAAUGAGCCAUGGCGACCUAGAACAAAACCUGAUCUACAAAAUCGGGAUGAUCGAAGAGAUGAUAGACGUGAAGAUCGACGAGGGUAUUCUUCACAACAACAACAAACACAAGGAGGAUCAUCUUUCUCGACAUCAGAACGAAGAACUGAUAGAAAUUCGGAAACAGCAGAUAAAUGGCAAACAGUUGAAAAGAGACGUGCUAAUCCACCACGAACUAAUUAUGAUCGCCCGUCACAACAACGUUCGGAAGAAUUAUCUUCCGGAGGAGCUUGGCGAACCAAUUCACGCGCGGCACCAGAACAACGAGAUGAACCAAAAGAUACUGGCCGCAGUGGUCCACAAUCAUCGACUAAUUGGGGUCGAUCAGAUCAGAAUGAUAGCUGGCGUACAAGAGAGAGAACCCGUUUGAACAGUUGGCGUACCAAUGAAGGUGACGAAAAUGAAAGUAAUACUCCACGUCCCAGUGGUGAUAGUGCUCCUUCAAAUGAUGAUCGACGUAAUGAUCAUCGUCGCACUGGCGGUACUUUUGGAACUGAUCGUCGUGGACAAAAUCGUGAUUACGGUGGCGGUAACCGAGAGUAA